ACAGAAUGCACUGUGGAACGGCCGUUUUAUCUAUUUUAUUGGCAAUUUUAUUUGAAAAUAAUGUUUACUUAGCUGCAAUGCCGGGAAUCACUUAUAACGUUAAGUUAAAAGGAAUUGAACCUUAUGAAGACAUUAAAGACCCAGUUUGGCUGAUAACAGAAAUGAAACUGAAAAAAAUCAAUAAAACACAUUUUGCUAUAAAUGGAUUAUAUAGUGUACUUCGAGAUAAUAUUCCAACUGAUGAUUUAUUGAUGUCAUUUCAUGCUGCUCAAAAGAAAUCAAAUGGAUACCAAGAAUCAGCAUUAAUUCAGUUGAUCAACAAAAAUUAUUGCGAUCUAUGGAAUAAUGAACAACUUAUAUUUCCAACUUUAAAAAAGAGUAUUAAUGCUACUGAUUAUAAAUGUCCACCUGCAAAGGGUCAUUAUGCGAUCACGAAUUAUAUUCCUGAUACAAGCAAAAUACCACCAAAUGUUCCAGAAGGUUUGUGGAAGUAUACUUUCGAAUAUUUCCAAAAAGACAAAUUGGUUUGUGGUUAUAAAGUAUAUGCAGAAGUGAUAAAGGAAUCUAUUACGGGUGGUGCAGUUUAACUAUAAGCCGU